GAUCGUUGCAGCUCCCUUCCUAAUUGACCCUCUCCACUCCCCUGAACUCUCCUCUCCCAACUCUCCCCUCUCAUACCGACGUCAUCCCCCGCAGUCCUCCAGCACUGCCUCUCUCUCUCUCUCUGUCUGUCUCUGCGUAGACCUCUGCAAAAUCCCCUCUAUAACCACCGUAAUAUGCUUCAGUACCUGUUUCCCUCCCGCAAAUACUCUCCUCCGCUUCCCUUCCGCCAGAAAGACUCCUCGCCUGCUUCUCCUCCUUCUCCUUCUCUUCCUUCUCCUCCCUCCUCUCUGCCCAAGAACAUGGCAAGGCCCAUGUUUUCCACCGCAGACGACCUGCAGCCCCAUAUCGAAGUCCACACCACUGAGUCCCACGAUGGCAAUCGUUCCAUCGUCCAGGAUGAAUCCCAUCGCAACGACAAUCUCAAAAACCGUUUCAUCGGUGCCAUCGAUCAGGGCACGACUAGCACCCGCUUUAUCAUCUUCGACUGCACCGGCGUUCCCAUUGCGUCAUACCAGACUGAAUUCCGCCAGAUCCACGAGAACUCGGGAUGGCACGAGCAAGACCCUCUCGAACUCGUCAAUUCCGCCUACACCUGCAUCGAAGAGGCCAUGAACUCCUUCCUCGCCCUGGGCCACUCCAAAUCAGAUGUCGAAGCCAUAGGCAUCACCAGCCAGCGAGAAACAACCGUUGUCUGGGAUUGGGAGACCGGCGAGCCCUUGUGCAACGCCAUUGCCUGGCCCGACACCAGGACCACCAACUUGGUGCGCGAGCUCAAGGCCAAACCCGGUGCCGAGGAACUGCUUCAGCUGUGCGGCCUCCCACUGUCCACCUACCCCUCUUCGGUCUCCUUGCUCUGGCUUCUGCGUAAUAAUCCCGAUGUCCGCGAUGCCUACGAAGCUGGAACUCUGGCCUUUGGCACUGUUGAUUCUUGGUUGAUCUACAACCUGAAUGGUGGCCCCGAGAACAACGUCCUGGUGACCGACGUGAGCAACGCCUCGAGAACCAUGUUUAUGAACAUCCACACCCUGCAAUAUGACGACCGGCUCUUGAAAUUCUUCGAUAUCGACCGCUCCAAGAUCCGUCUCCCCAAGAUUGUCCCCUCGUCCGACCCAGAGGCAUUUGGCCGCGUGGUCAUGGGUCCCCUCGACGGUGUCCGCAUCACCAGCUGCCUGGGUGACCAGUCUGCUGCCCUGGUCGGCCACUGCGCCUUCACCCCGGGUUCUGCCAAGAACACAUACGGAACCGGCUGCUUUCUUCUCUACAAUGUUGGCGAUAAGCCCGUCAUCUCAAAACACGGCUUGCUGAGCACUGUGGGCUUCCAGCUCGGCCGCGACAGUAAGCCUGUGUACGCAUUGGAAGGCAGUGUUGCCGUCGCGGGAAGCGGUAUCUCCUUCCUCAUGAACAAUCUGGGUUUCUUCCGUGAUUCGCGAAAGGUCAGCGAGGUCGCUGCAACUGUUCCGGACAAUGGUGGCUGUGUGUUCGUCACGGCCUUUAGCGGUCUCUUUGCCCCGUACUGGAUCGAUGACGCCAAGGGAACAAUCUGUCAGUGCAGUCCGAUCAUUCCGUUUUAUGUUUCCGUCUUUGAUACUGACAUUUCAUCCUCCUUCCCCAGUUGGCAUCACCCAGUACACGCAGCGUGGACACAUUGCCCGUGCGACCAUGGAGGCUGCAUGUUUUCAGACCAAGGCAAUUCUCGAUGCCAUGGCGAUGGAUAGCGGACACCAACUGUCCAUCCUAGCGGUAGACGGUGGGAUGAGCAACUCUGACAUUUGCAUGCAGUCUCAAGCCGACAUCAUCCAAAUCCCUGUCGAGCGGCCAGCCAUGCACGAGACCACCGCCCUAGGCACUGCCAUCGCUGCCGGAUUUGCCGUCGGCAUUUGGAAAGAAUUCGAUGAACUCAAGCACAUGAACCGCGCCAACCGGACGACUUUCAGCCCGCAGAUCUCCCGGCAGCAGAGCGAACGCAUGUACAAGAAAUGGUCAAAAGCAGUCGAGAUGAGUCGGGGAUGGGUUGAUAACCAUGAACUGGAUAUCGAAGUGAGGUAGUAUCUUUAUACUUCUCUCGCUAUUGUGACUGUAACUGUGACUGCUCUUCUAUUAGCGUGGCGUUCGAUUCUUUUGACUGCUUUUCAUUCUGUUCUCCAUGGGGGCUUUCUUUUCUUCUGAGGGACAACACAACAUCUUUUGUUUCCCUCUGUCUCAGCCACUGUUUUUAUCUUCCACUUGGAUACCCCAUGUCCAUCCACCUGUACAUAAGAUAGCUUACCAUACAUAUAGAUACAUAGUACAAUAUUCAUAAUGACUGAUG